UACGCCACCUUUAUCUCCUUUGCUCUCCGGCUUUUGCCCCUUCUCGAUUCGGUGUCUGAUGAAAACCUUUCCAUGGUCUCUCUUGCUCUCAUCUACCUUGCAUACUUUCCGCUUCCUGUACUACUUCUUUGGGUUCGGUUGGGACAUCGUUCAUGCAAAUUGGCUGGAUUAGGACAAGGGAUGGGGGUUAAAGAAUGCAAAGAAUUGACUGGGACGGCGUUGGACCUUGCUUUUUCUUCCGGUGUACAAAAAGUAACUCACUAUAGAGACGAUGAUGAGGGAAAAGACACAAUGGAGUAGUGUGUGCGUUCC